UCCAUGACGCACGCACUGUCCGUGACGUCACGUGCGUGAAACGUGUUUUUAUUCUACAGUAGAGAUGUUCGGGAUUAAAAACGCUCCUGUCAGUUGUAUUUUAAAUCAGGAGAGUAGUAUUAUUUUAAUUAGUCUUUAAACUCAUCAGUUAUUUGUUUUGUAACUCCGGUUUAUUGUUUUAUUUUCUUCAGUACGUCAUCAUCUUACGUCUUUACUCGUUUAAAUGAAUUGAACCCAGAAGGAUAUACUUACAGUGCCCUGUGAGCGUCAUCAUGCCAGUCCAGUGCAGUAACUGCGUACAGAGACGUGCCGUGCUCAAACGACCCAAGACCGGACACUCUCUCUGUAAGGACUGCUUCUUCUGGGCGUUUGAGGAGGAGAUCCAUCAAACCAUUGUGUCUGCCAGCCUCUUCAAUCGCGGAGAGACUGUGGCCAUCGGUGCCUCUGGUGGGAAGGACUCUACCGUCCUGGCCCAUGUGAUGAAGGUCUUGAACGAGCGCUACGAUUACGGCCUCAACCUUCUGCUGCUGUCGGUGGAUGAGGGCAUCACGGGUUACAGAGAUGAUUCACUGGAGACAGUGAAGAGGAACCAGCAGCAGUAUGAGCUGCCGCUGAAGAUCGUGUCUUAUGAAGAGCUGUACGGCUGGACCAUGGAUGCAAUUGUGAAGCAGGUGGGACUGAAGAACAACUGCACCUUCUGUGGCGUGUUCCGCAGGCAGGCGCUGGACCGAGGAGCCAUGAUGCUGAAAGUGGACAAGAUAUGCACAGGUCACAAUGCAGACGACGUGGCAGAGACAGUGCUGAUGAACGUCCUGCGUGGGGACAUCGCUCGUCUCCGCCGCUGCACCGCCAUCAGCACUGCCAGUGACGGAGAGGGCGCCAUCCCGCGCUGCAAGCCCCUCAAAUACGCCUACGAGAAAGAAAUCGUCCUCUAUGCCUAUUUUAAGAAGCUUGAUUACUUCUCCACAGAGUGCAUCUACUCGCCCAACGCCUACCGGGGACACGCUCGCGCCUUCCUCAAAGACCUGGAGUCCAUCAGGCCCAGCUCCAUCAUAGACGUUAUCCACUCUGGCGAGACGCUCUCCAUAAAGGAAGGGGUAAAGAUGCCAGUGCAGGGAACGUGCUCACGCUGUGGCUAUAUCUCCAGUCAGGCCUUGUGUAAGUCCUGUGUUCUGCUGGAAGGCCUGAAUCGAGGUUUACCCAAACUGGGAAUUGGGAAACAUCACCGUCUGCACGGCAAAAUUCUGGCUCAGGAGCCUUUGACCGAACAGGAGGAGAAGAAACUGAAGGCUGUGGACUUCUGACACAAAAUCAGAACUUGAUUUUAAAAACUGGACAUUAUGUUUUUAAGAUACUCUGGGAUGAAUGAAUCAUUUAGUUUGUUUUAUUCAAAGUCUACAGCUAUUUUUUUUUUUGUCAACUGAAUGUCACACGUCUUGCGUUAAUGUGUUUGCUGUAAAAGCAACUUCCGUGAUUCAAAAUCAGAGAUGCUUGUUUUAAGAACAAACAUGAACUUUUCCAAAUUAUGCCACGUUGACAUUAUGAUUUUUUUUUAAUUUAUUUAAACAAUAUCAUGACAAUAAAGUUACUCAUUUCCCUUU